AUGCCGCCGCCGCCGAGGCUCUCGGGCCGCGGAACUCCGGCGCCGCCUCUUCCUCCCGCGCCUGCCGGGGAGCGCUGGCGCUGGCGCCGAAUCCCGGCCGCCGCGACUGCAAAGUUGCGAGCUCCGAGCUCCGCGGCUCCAGUCCACUGGAGUCCCCCAGGCCGCGCCCUGGCUCCCUCUCCUCGCGGGCUCCGGGCUCGGGAAGCUACACGCACCCGGCGCGCGCGUCCAGCUGCGCCGGGACCGCACUCAGCGCCCUCCGGGCAGCACCUGUCAGCGGCGGGGGCGGCUGCCUCCAAACUGGGCGCGCGCGCGACUCACACAACAGGGCGGAUCAGACGGAAGACACCCGGGACCAGCAGCCCCGCGGGAGCGCCCCGGGACCAUCCUCCAGCUCCUCUGUGGGGGGGCAGGCGGGCGAGAGCCGGGCGGAGCUGGGUGGGGCCCGGAGCCAGCUUGCUCCCCAGGAUCCGCCACAGUUCCCACGAAGCUAGCUCUGGGCCGGCCGCUGGACGCGCCCGCCGGCGACGGUCUGGGCCUUCAGGAAUGCCACCAUUAGAAAUUCUUCCCUUUGAGUUUUUCAGUGAGUGGUCCUUGGAUCUCUGGAUCAAAAUGAGCUUAUUUAGAGACUUGCUGGAGUGGGGCCCAGGAACCGACAGUUUAAGAAGCUCUCCAGAUACGGAUGUAAACGAAAGUGCCUCCCCGACUGCCGAGGAACAGCCAGAUGAACCUGAUGGCCCCCUUCCUGGCUCAGCCAGUGACCAAGAAAAGAAAGUAAGAUUAUCUCCAGCCAAAAUGUCAACCAAGAAUUCAACAGAUCUAGUUGACUAUGUCAACAACCGUCAUCCUUUUCUUCCUGCCAUUCCAAACCCCCUGAGAAGUCAGCUAGAAGACAGACUGAACAAUCAGGAGCGCACCAUAGCUUUCCUCCUUGAACAAGCCUUCCGCAUCAAGGAGGACAUCUCUGCUUGUCUUCAGGGGACCCACGGCUUUCGAAAAGAGGAGUCGCUUGCCAGGAAGCUACUGGAAAGCCAUAUCCAGACCAUCACCAGCAUCGUCAAAAAACUCAACCAAAACAUUGAGAUUUUAGAAGACCAAAUAAGAGUUCGAGAUCAGGCGGCCACAGGAACUAAUUUUGCAGUACAGGAGCUCAACACCAAGCACCUUCAAGGAGUCGGAGAUCUUCGAGGAAGAGUAGCCAGAUGUGAUUCCAGCAUUGUGAAGCUUUCUGGAGACAUUCACUUCAUCAGGCAUGAACACCGGCAAGUUGAGAAAACAAUUCAAGAGCUCAUGUCUGCCCUAGAAACUAUUUCUAAGAACUUGGAUAUGAAGGUAAUGCAGCUCUUAGGAAAGAUAGAGACUUCCAGUUCUGAGCAAACUUCAAAUUUAAAGAUGGUCCAGGGGGAUUAUCACCAUGAAAUGAACCUUUUGGAGUUCAAAUUUAAUUCACUUUCAAAUAAUCUGUGUGAGGAAGUUGAGAACAAUAAAAAAUGGACAGAAAACCAGUUCAUCAAAUAUGAAAAAGACCUCCUCAGCCAUAUCAAUCAGUGCCUGAAGCUCCUACAGGAGAAACUGGAAAAGUCUGAAAAUAAAAUGGAAGAAAAAUUACUGCAACUUUCAAGCAAAUUAGAGAAUUUCAUUAACACACAGAAACAGGAAGCAGAACUAAACAAAGUAAAGGAUAUAGAAAAUAAACUGUCCAAAAAGAUGAACCAACUGGAAAAGCACAUCUGGAGUGAAUUAGAGAAAAUGCAGAAUGAAUAUCAAUCAGGAUUUAAAUCAAUUCAUGACUCUCUCAGCUCCCUCCAACAAAUACAGAAAACAAAGAUGGAUAUAGAGAAAUAUAAAGUACAGAAAGACCUAAAGAAAUUACGGCGUAAGAUAGUGGAACUCCAGGAAGUAUAAAACUUUCCAGUCAUCUUCUUUUUCACCAGGCAAUGGAGCAGUUUGUUGGUAAAAUCUGGGGAAAAGAAAGUUAAUAUCACUGUGAUGUUUAUUGCCUCUAAUAUCUCUGUAUUUCUUACUACCUUUUUAAGGAGAUGAAGGUACCAGAAAAUCCAAUAAAGCAAAGAAGCU